AUGCAAAACCAGAUCGUGAGCCGGCCCAAUCCCAUGCUCGAAGUAAAAGAGCAAUACCACCACUUUAUCCCCAGAUUUGUCCUUCGGGCUUUUGCAGCGCGGCCUCAGCCUGACUACGACGAUCCACCACGCCCAGUCCGGAAAAAAAAAAACCAACAGAGAAAAAAGAAACCGGCAAAGAGAACCGCCCGGGACACCCAGGACCCCAGCGGGCAGAUAUCACUCGGCCCCGACGCAAUCGCGGAGGCUGCUACCCCCGGUGUUGUCGAAGAUGAUUCGCUCGACGAAGCGGGCCCUUCCAGUGCUCCCCGAGAGCUCGCACCCACGGCCGAAACGGAACCCGUCAAGGACAAAGUACAGCCGAAACUCCGUAAGCAGAGGUUCGAUCCGGCUCUGGACCCGUAUAUAAAGCUGUACGACCUGGAAUCCGGAGUCCUCGAUUUUCGCAAAGUCGGUAGGGCCUAUGGCAUCCCCGACAUGUAUAUCGAUGUGGAUCACGAGAAAGUCAAUCAUAUCGAGGUGCUACUCUCAAAACUAGAGAGCAGCGUGGCAUCAAUCUACCAUCGGAUCAAAAAGGGCCAUGAAGGCGGAACGUACGAAUUUUCCAUCUCCCGCAAGGAGGUGAAUCUCCUACGGAAAUUCCUUUUUGUGAUGAGGUAUCGGAAUUACAAAUUCUGGUCUAAAUAUACUGGAACCAUUGACAAUUAUGAAUACAACGACCGUCACCUGCUCGUACCUUUCCUAAAGGAAAGAUCAAUCACGGAUUUGCGUCAAGUUUGGCUCCAAAAUCUGGAGGUGAUUUUGAGGACUGAAAUCGAUGCGGACGGAGAGUGGCUCGAUACUAUCGGCCGCGAAAUGUUUUCGGGGGAUGCGGACAUGUAUGUAUUCCAUAUGAGGGAGUCGUACAUGGCGUUCUGUGAGCCGGAAUCCCUCGAGGACGAAUUUAUCAUCACCGACAAUGGGUUCGGGAUAUUUGAGGGUCCAGUUGUUUAUGAUGUCUUUGACCUCAAAGGUACAGGUGCCGACGGCUCGCGUCCUCAGUUAAAGGACCCGACAUAUACCGAGUACCACAAAUUGGCGCCUCUAACGCCCCGAUUAAUUCUAGUCCUACGGUCAAAUUUUCUCCGUGACGGGCCACUAUGGCAGAAAAGGUUGAAAUUUUUCCGCGACUUGAAGACCUGGCCAGAGUCCGAUUCAUUGUUGCAAGGCUUGCCAAUCAAGCCCCCGAAGACCCAUUAUUGGCUCCCUGGGAGGACCAAAGCCGUGCAUACGCUGGAAGACGAAUUCUUCUUCGAGAUUCACAAAGCGAACACCAAGGAAGUGCACAUCAUAAAUACGGUCAUGCUACAGGAAGCGACUCGCGCCAUCACCUGGGUUUCGGAUGAAUCCCUUGUGAGAUCGCUCAAAGCAUUUCUUGGGAAUCCGCGCUUCAUGCUCGGCACGCCCUUGACCAUCCUCCCGGAAUUCUUGCCGCUCAUGGCUUUGCGGUAUCAAAAGGAACGUCUGCUGAGCCUGUGGGAUAAGCCCUACCCAAGUGAGGGGAUGAGGCCAAUUGAUGAAUUCAGGCGUAUGAACGAAUUCACGAGGAAUAUUAAGGAGCUUCAGUCGUACUUCAAACUCGGUAUGCUAGCCCUUUUCGUAAAUCUACCACACUAAAUUAUUUACUUGACCCACUAGGCGGGGCUCCUGAGCUCUACUUUUACGAUUUCCAUCAAGCCAAGCUACUCACGGAUUUUCGCUCCUUUAUCGCCGACCACUCUGGAUCUGAGAUUCCUUGGCGGAACAAGGUGAAUAAAGCAACUUUCAAGUUUAUGGCCACCUUCCAUCCGAGGAUCGUUUGGAUACAUGUCAAGUUUUGGCGCGUCAUGGCCAACAGGGUCCGAACGGGCCAACAAGAUAGUCCGCUAACCGACUCGCAGUUGGACGUUAUUAAGGAGUUCGGACCAGAAGAUUUGGUCGCAAAUUGUUUGCUUCCCAUCCCUGCAUAGUUACAACACGCUGAUUGAUGAUUUAGUGCUGGACUUUUUGCCUUUUCGCGUACGCUCCGGGAUAAUGAUUGAAACGUCAUUGAAAGGUGUGAUGAGAUUGAGCAAGAGGGAUGAACUGAUCGCCCAAGGAGAAUCCGGAGCAGAGCUAGAAUCCAGCCUGAUGUUUCUAGAUAUGGACAUCAUGAGGCAAUUUGGUAAGUUUAACACUCACUAACCCCCUAGCUCACAAGCUAACAGCACUCACAAACAUUACAGGUGGAUUCGGCGGUUCUUGUAAGCUCUCCUACAUCCUCCCUCCUUCUCCCCCCCACCUGCUCUCCGUAUUAAUGCUAAUCCUCCUUUCCCCCUUCUAGGGUCCGUUGUCAAUACACCCUACUACUCCGAACCGGUCGAUUUCCACGAUCCAUUUACGCCUGAAAUUCCACACGUUCUCCUUACGGAAUACUUCCGGCAUGACCUCCUUCUUCGCUUCAGACUUCGGGGCAACAUAGAGAAAAUCAUUCUCGGGACUCGCGGGACUCCCGAGGCGCACAGGCGGCUGAGUCAAUUGCUCUGGGAUCACUUGUAUCCAAUACCAGAGCCCACUUAAAACAGGCCUAAAAGAGCCAGCUUUCGUCUCUGCGGUGACGGUAGUCAUGCGGAGGCCAUGCGAAGGGCUUCGGUGAGGUUUACUGGUCGGGGUGGGCGCUGAGGGAAACUCCCGGGCUUGCACGUUCUGCCCAGCGGUGAUAUGGCUUUUAGUAUUGUCUCGGCAUUUUUUCUUCUUUCCUUUCUUUUCCUCUUCUCCCUCUUUAGUCUCUUGAGCGGUUCACCCGGCCACCUAGUCAGCCUAUCCAUACCCUCGACUAGAAAAAGGGUGGAAAAAUCAAAACAAAAAACGCUAAAAAUUUAUUAUAUCAUACCCAAUUA